AUGGGGUUCUUAACUAAAUUUAUUCUUAGCAGAGUGGUAAACGGAUUCUAUGGAAGCACGAAAAAAGGCCUCUCAUCUUUAUAUGAUCCAAACAAUGGCAUGUGGAUCGCAGGAGCAUUGUCAAAACUUCGUGAGUCAAAGUUCAAGGCAGAUCAAGACGCUCAAAAGAAAUUCACUGACUCUCUCUAUGAUCAAAGCAUGAAAGAAGUCUUCAAGCAAGCUGUGCCAAAAUUGGAGCAACAGCAUAAAUAA